AUGAGGAAAGAAAUCAAUGAACAGAAACGACGGCGUUCGGCGGGAAAUCUUCACGCGCGAAAGCGGAAUCCAGUUAUCCCCAACCGUCUGGCCAAUGGGAGGCCAGAUUGCGGAGGUCGUCUGCCCUCAUGGACAGCAGCUCUCCCCCUGCAGAAGCCGAUUGGCCAAGCCACUGAGAGCUGCGGCCGGAAAAGGUGGAUGCGGACCCGGUGGCGGGACGGUUCGCGCGUAGGGAGACGCGCGCCCAGAGCGUCAAGAGGCACCGCCUCCGGCCGGUCCAUUCGCGCGAGACCCAUCGCUCUUGCCACAGUCCGCGUCCUUGUUCCGGGUCGGGCUUCGAGCCGUCCUGUCCCUUCAUCCAGCCCGCCCAUCCGCGUCCGCUGCUGUCAGGAGUGGGCGGAGUCGGCGGACUCACCAGGCCCCGCAGGGCGGGUUACACGGCGGCUGCGCGGAGCGCGGGGCAAAGCGCUUGGCCUCCGGAGCCGCGAGGCCAAUAGCGCGGCCCGGCGGUGCAGGGAGAUCGGCCGUCACGGCUCUUCGGCUACUGUCGGGCGGGCGGCGGCUGUGGACUGGGCUCUGGAGAGGCUCCCCACCCAACCCGUGGGGACGUCGGCGCGAUGGUGACUGCCGCUGUAGGAAGCAAGUACAAGAGAGAAAAAGCAGACCCCAGGAAAAGGAUGGGAAAGCAUUAUCAACCUUGCUGACCAGACACCUCAAGACAUAGGACUCUUGGAUUAAGCCCAGAGGGAACAGAAAAACAUCUUGAAAGCAGGAUGUGUGCCUGGAGGUGGAAAGCCAUCAUCAGACUGUUCCAUGACCGGGCGUCUCUGAGUCAAAUGUUUUUCUCAUCUGGAGCUUUGUUAUUGAGACAGCAACCUAAAUCAUUAGUACAAGUAAAUCUUUCUUAGUUCAUCUUUAUGUUACAUUCCUAGCCUGUCUUAACAGCCUUGUGGCUCCAUAUGCUUCUGAGAGCGCGUUUUCCCUUGCACGGACUCCCCCACCUGCAAAUAUGUAAUAAAGCUGACUUGAUCAGUUUGGGCACCUUCGCCUAGGAGUGGUGUUGGUCUCCUGAUCCUCGCUUUCAGUUCUUGUGUCUUUCUCAUUCUUUCGCCGUAUUGUGCUUUCUGAAAACCCUGGCUUGUUGAGCCGGACUCGACAAGUGGCAUGGGAACAGGAACCUGAAAGCGAAACCAGCCUAGGAGGCUCAGCUCCGAGCGGAGCGGCGGAGAACGCAGGGAAAUCCCUCCGGUGCGGUGGACAAUGCAAGUACUUGGUAAGUACACCCCCGUGGAUUUGUCAAUCAGGGUAACAAAGGGGCAAAAUCCUUCUAAGCAUGCAGAAUAUAUGCAAGUCUUAAAGACUUUAUUGAAAAGCUCGGGAGUGCAAGUCUCUCAGUCUGCUUUUAAAGACUUUAUUUUCUGCUAAUGAAAAACAUUGCUAUUGGCUUGAUCUGGCUAGAGGAAUUUUAAGGUAUAAAGAAUGGCAAGAAGUAAUGCGUUGCUUGCGCGGAGCUUAUCAAAGUGGAGACAAAUACCCUUGUCAGUGCGGUCAUUAGGAAAUCUCAUUAGCACGGCUUUGGGCACAAUAGAAUCGGAGGUUUUGGAGUCUGAUUGAUGAUUCCACUUCUCAAAUGAAUAGAGGCGGAUUUAGAAGAAGAGUUACAUAUAUAUGACAAUAGUGACUCAGAGGAGGAGGAAAAAACCUUUAAAAGCAAAAAAUUUUUAAGGGAAAUGUUAUAAAAGUAAUGAACAAAUUUUGUUUGCUAGAACAGCUCGGCCGUCUGCACCCCCCCCCCCCCCCCCCCCCCCCGGGUGAGCCUUCUACUUUUGAUCCGAGACUCCUUGGGAAGAUUGUUUUAUGUUAAAGCCACAAGUAACCAUUCCCAAUACCAUCUCUCCCUUUCAUAGGGGAGUUCAUGUGGCUCAGUCACAAGGUGAUGAAGAUGCGUUAGCUCUUCCUGGAAUAGUGAUACAGGUUCCACCCGGACCUCAAUUCCCAAAUGGAGGAUUAAAUUUAUAACCCUUUAUCUUUCAAAACUAUUAAAGAGAUCAAACAGGCUUGUACUCAGUAUGGAACGAAUUCUCCUUAUACUACGGGGGUGAUCCAAGGUUUGCCACAGGCAGAAAGAUUGAUCCCUCAUGAUUGGGAGGGAGAUGGUUGUUAGGACUUGUUUAACUACUUGGGAAUUUUUACAAUUUAGGACUGGUGGCAAGAUGAGGCUAGUUAGCAAGCUCAUAGUAAUGCAGCCACUAAUCCUCCCAUUAACAUUUCUUUAGAACAAUUGAUGGGAUCUGGUGCAUAUUUUGGAGUUCAAGCCCAAUUACAAUUUGAUGAUCAAGUACUCAUCAAGUGAGUGAUGAUCAAGUACUCAGCAAGUAGGAAUGAUAUGCUUAAAAGCCUGGGAAAAAGUCAAUCCUCCAGGACAGGCUACUCCAUCAUUUACUCAAACAAUCUAAUGGAGAGACAUAUGUAGACUUCAUUGCACUAUUACGUCAAAAUUUAACCCAAACUAUUUCUCAGCCAGGACUGAGAGAUUUGUUAUUACAGAUUCUUGCUUAUGAUAAUGCCAAUUCAGAAUGUCAAAAGGCUAUUCAGCCACUAAAAGCUCACGGUGCUGCUUUUGAAGGAAUAUUUAAAGGCUUGUCAUGAUAGUGGGCCGGAGCCAUAUAAAAUGCAAUUAUUGGCUCCAGCAUUAUCUAAAGGGAAAAGAGGAAAUGACACUCUGUGCCAUCAAUGUGGAAAAAUUGGACAUAUUAAGAGAGAUUGGAAAGAAAAAAGAUUUAAAAAUGCUAAACAAGAAAAUGAGACUCCAGGCUUAUGUCCAAAAUGCAAAAAAGGAAAUCAAUGGACAAAUCAAUACAGAUCUAAAUAUCAUAAAGAUGGGACAUUCCCAAAAUGUAAUGUGGGGCCUGGCUUGAGGCCCGCAAAACAAUCCAAGUGCUUGGAAGACUGUUCCUUUUGUGUUUACAGCCCAGGCCCCCCAAAACAAUCUGUCUAUGACCUGCUCCAGCUACAUCAGGGAGCGUAGCAUUAGACAUGGGAAGAUUCAACAGUUCCCAUUUUUGUGAAUGACUCAGCUUGGCUUCCUGGCCCCUAUGAUCAAAGUCUCCCAGAUAAACCAGAAGAAGAGGGAUAUAUAUUAAAUAUUUACACCAUUGGGUCUGAAAAUACCCCUAUUUGCAUUGGACAUGGAGCUGCUGCUGCUAAGUCGCUUCAUUUGGGUCUGACUCUGUGUGAUCCCAUAGAUGGCAAGCCACCAGGCUCCCCUGUCCCUGGGAUUC